AUGCCGAGAUACUCUGCCGAUGCUGAUGAAGACAUCGAUGUAUUCCAAAGCGGCACCAUGGGCGAUGAGCAGGAAGCACACGACUUGAUUGAUGAGGAGUACUACAUGUUUUGCAACGAAGGAUCCGAUAAUGACAUAUUGGAUGAUGACGAGGAAGCGAGCAUGUCUAGCUCUAAACCUAGCGAGAUUGAUCCAUUUGACACUGUCUACUCAAACAUUCCAGACAGCACUCACAUCCUGAAACUCAACGAAAAUUGCAAACACUGCAAGGCCAGAAAGUUUGAGUCUGAGACUGACGGCUUCUGCUGUCGCAAUGGCCAGAUCCAGCUUAAGCAGCCGGAACCAAUCCCAGAGCUUAUGAGGCUAUGGUCCAGCAUGGAUGCAGAUUCUAGACAUUUUCGGGAGAACAUACGGUUCUUCAACGGGCAUUUCGCCUUCACAACCCUUGGUGUCAGCCUUGAUGAAAACUACACGAACAUGAAGUCUGGGGUGUACACAUUCCGAGCACACGGCACCAUCUACCACAAUGUCCAUUCGUUCGGGCCUAGCUCCCGUCCAGAACAUCUGCAGUUGUACUUCUAUGACGACGACCCUAACCUAAAUCAUCGUAAGGCGGCCACCAAGCAAUUAGAGCAGGAUGUCGUGAAGAGGUUAGUAGACAUACUCAAAGAAAACCCAUACUCCCAGCAAUUUAGGAGUUUGGGUGCACACAAGGACAACCUCGAUGAUUAUAGGAUAGACCUAAACAUCGAUAAGAGGCUUGACCAAAGAAGAUAUAAUAGACCGGUGUCAUCUGAGGUCGCUGCAAUUUGGGUUGAAGGCACUGACCUAGCAAAAAGGUUUGACCGCAGGAUAACACUUUGUGGUAACAACAACGAAAGGCAUAGUAUACGUGUGACCUCAGGGGCAUAUGACCCGUUGUCUUAUCCAUUAUUCUAUCCAAUGGGGGAGCUAGGUUGGCAUCCGAAGCUACCCAAACGUAAUGUUUCUUGGGAGGUUGUACAAAAUCCUCGUUUGUGUCAUGAUGAUGAGGAUGAUGCAGAGGGGAAUAGCAGGUUAUGCGUCUCCGUUAGAGACUACUACUCUUACAUGCUGCAAACACAGCCUGCGAUCUUCAAUCCAAUACUCUAUGGAGCACGCCUACUGCAGCAAUGGGCGGUUGACAUGUACAUCAAGAUUGAGAGCUGUCGGUUGAGGUGGUACAGGAAGAACCAGACGCAGAUCCGUGCCGAUUUGUAUAAAGGAGUUGUUGAUGCGAUCACAUCGGGGGAGACGCGAGCAAGCGCUGUUGGGGUAAGAAUAGUGCUCCCUAGAACUUACCCUGGUGGCGACCGCGACAUGAAGAAGAGACAUAUGGAUGCCAUGGCAAUUGUCCAUACAUAUGGGAAGCCUGACAUCUUCUUGACCAUGACUUGCAACCCUAAAUGGGAAGAGAUAACAAAUGAGUUGCUUCCUGGACAGACGGCGCAAGACCGACCUGAUAUUGUGGCUCGCGUGUUCUAUGGCAAACUAGAGGCUAUGAAAGAUAUGUUGCUCAAGAAGAUGGUCCUGGGUGUUGUUGUUGCUUAUGUUUACGUAGUCGAGUUCCAGAAGAGAGGCCUCCCCCACGCACAUUUUUUGUUGAUCAUGGAUUCAACGUAUAAGCUUCUUGUCCCAGGGCAGUAUGACCGACUCAUUUCCGCAGAGCUCCCAGACAAGCAGAAGUAUCCGGAAUUGUAUGCAAUGGUGGUAAAACAUAUGAUGCACGGACCAUGCGGUGCUCUCAACCCGAAGAAUGUUUGCAUGCAAGAUAAUGAAUGCAAGUGCAGAUACCCGCGGCCGUUCAAUGAGAACACGCUACAAGGCAAAGACUCAUACCCAGUUUAUCGGCAGAGACGAUGGUAG